UCUGAUUUGCUGGACCCCUUAAAGCAGCUGGAAGGAAGUUUAUGCGAUUGGAGAUACCAAAAGCUUUGUCUUCUCAAAUAAGAAUCGCACCACGUACGCAGUUCCUUUGGAAAUAUCAGAAGAACUAACGCGCGCCGUAGCAGAAAAUGUCUACUCCGCAAAGCAUAAUUGAGCAGUUGGGAUGUAGAGCCUUUUAUGAAGCGGUCAAUGCAGCGAGCAAAGCAGGGAAAUAUGUUCUUCAGUACAGUACGAACUUGGACAAAUUGCGAACUGAAAUGAGAAGUCUUGAAGAUCGUCGGGUAAUAAUCGAAAGAAAAGUUCGUGAGGCCAAUGAUCGCGGUGAAGAGAUCGAGAAUGCUGUUUCACACUGGCAAACGGACUCGGACAAGAUGAAAAGUUAUGUUCAGGACCUUAUCGAGCAAAGUACAGCCAAGGCAAAAAUGCACUGCUUUGCAUGCUCAUGUCCUAACAUCAAGUGGCGGUACCGACUGGGCAAACAAGCCGAAGAGAAGACAGUGGCUGUCAACCAACUAGCUGCUCGGGGCAGCCGAUUUGAUGUGAUUUCACACCCUAUGCCGUCUCCUCUAGAACUAGAAUUUCCAUCCUCCGAGAAUUAUGUUUUCAUGGAUUCUUGGGCAAUGUUAUUGCCCAAGGAGAGCCCAAUGUUUCAGGACUCGAAGAGAGUUAGGAUCUCACUGGGUUCUAACAUCGUCUUGAGACAUGAAGUGCCUUCUUUAAGAAAUGUGGUGGACGAAGACGAUGUGCUAUACCUCAGUGGCAUUAAGGGUUUGGAGAACUUGCUUCAUGACAACGGAGAUGGAAAUGUAUCUCUUGAACUUGAUUAUCUUCCUAAUGAGCAAAGUUCAAUCCUGCAAAGGCAUAGGCAGCAUUGGUCAAUUUCAUUCAAUAGGUUAAUUGUGUUUCAUAUUUCAGAUUGUAAGACAAAGUAUCUCUUCUCCCAAUCUACCGCGAGAGAACUUGUCAAUCUGGAAGAACUAAUAGUAAAAUCCUGUGAAAGAAUGGAGGAAAUAGUUGGAUUUGAAGGACAGAAUGAUGAAGAUGAACUCACAAGUGAGUUGAAGUUCAACAAAUUGAAGAGACUAGUGUUGCAAUUUCUACCAAACUUCAUAAGCUUUUAUGCCAAAAAGGAGAAGGUGGAAACAACCAUGGGAAGCCCUUCUGCCCGUGCCCAACCUCUUUUCAAUGAAAAGGUUAUUUUACCCGUCUUGGAGGUUUUAGAAGUGGAUUGGUUGGGUAACAUAGUAGAGAUUUGGGACAAGCAAUCGCCUUGGCUCAACGAACACACAGUGUCCUUCGGCAAACUAAGGGACGUGAAAGUCCAGCGCUGUGAGAAACUAACGAAUUUGGUUCCUUCCAAUAUACUUCCACGGCUAAAAAAUCUGCAAAAACUGUGUGUAGAAGGCUGUCCAAAGAUAGAAUCCGUGGUCUUCAAGAACGAAAAAGAAGGAGCAGCAGCUGAUGAGAGGACCUUGAUCAUCCCUCAACUACAGUAUCUUAGAAUUGGCGACAUGGAGAACCUUAAAAGUUUCUACUCGAGUUCUAGAGCAUCCAAUGCCCAAUCCUUGUUCAAUCACCAGGUUGUUUUACCCGUCUGGGAGGUUCUUGAAGUGGAUCGGUUGGGUAACACAGUAGAGAUUUGGGAAUCACCUUGGCUCGACAGGUUCAGAGAGUCCUUCGGCAAACUAAGGGACGUGAAAGUCCAGCGCUGCGAGAAACUGAUGAAAUUGGUUCCAUCCAAUAUACUUCCAUACCUAGACAAGCUGCAAAAACUGUGUGUAGAAGGCUGUCCAAAGAUAGAAUCCGUGGUCUUCAAGAAUGAAAAAGGAGCAGCGGCUGAUGCUAGUUCCUUGAUCAUACCUCAACUACGGUAUCUUAGAAUUAGCAACAUGGAGAAUCUUAAAAGUUUCUACUCCAGUUCUACAGCAUCCAAUGCCCAAUCCUUAUUCAAUCACCAGGUUAUUUUACCUGCCUUGGAGGUUCUUGAAGUGGAUCUGUUGGGUGACAUAGUAGAGAUUUGGGACAAGCAAUCACCUUGGCUCAACCAAAACAGAGUGUCCUCCUUCAAAUAUUUAAGGGACAUGAAAGUCCAGCGCUGCGAGAAACUGAUGAAAUUGGUUCCUUCCAAUAUACUUCCACGGCUAGACAAGCUGCAAAAACUGUGUGUAGAAGGCUGUCCAAAGAUAGAAUCCGUGGUCUUCAAGAACGAAAAAGGAGCAGCAGCAGCUGAUGAUAAUACCAUGAUCAUCCCUCAACUACAGUAUCUUAGAAUUAGCGAAAUGGAGAACCUUAAUAGUUUCUACUCCAAUUCUACAGCAUCCAAUGCCCAAUCCUUGUUCAAUCACCAGGUUACAUUCCCUAGAUUGGAAAAUUUGGAACUAGAAGGGUGUGCGAGUUUGAGAAAUAUAUUUCAUCCUUCCAUGGUCAAAGUUCUUGAAAAUCUCGGGGAACUAAUAGUUAAUGAUUGCUCGAAGAUGGAAUCAGUAAUUGACAAGGAAGAAGAAGUACAAGACGGACAACAGAGAAAGACAGAUAAAACUCAGUUCCGUCGUUUGAGUAAAUUGGAACUUUGUCGUCUACCAGAACUGAGGACGUUUUGCCACUUCACUCGUUCUUUAGAAUUGCCACUGCUAAGCGAGAUGGCCAUAUUUGAUUGCCCUAGCAUGGAUUCAUUUUCUUCGGGACAUGUGAGCACCCCUAAUCUCUCCUUGAAAGGUGUAUCACUGUAUCCCAAAAAACGGCUAAGAUGGUGAUGACAUGACAGUGACAGCACAAAAAAUCAAGAGGAUAAGGAACCAAAAAAUGGGUGAAAGAAAAUAUCUGGAAGGAUCUCCAUAGAAGAGGUGUAAUUGGCCGGGCAUUACACACUUUUCUUGAAUCACCUGUUAAUCUUCCAACACUUUUUUUAGCUCCAUAGUCCAUCUUUUGCUUUACUGUAUUUUGCCUUUCAGUAAUCCCAGCUUGACCUUAUUUUUGGUAAGUGUCAAAAACUAUUGAGCCUGAUCUAGAAUCCUGCAACACCGUAUUAACCCAUCCGUUGCUGUAAAAUUGGUGAGCAGUUCCUGUUUAGAAUUUAGCCCCACGCAGAAAUGAUAAACUAACUUGGUGCGUAUCAGGACUGAGGACUAGUCUUGUUUAGCUCUGAAAAAUUGGUUAAUAUGGAAAACUGUGAGGCUGCUGUUAGCGACUAUAUGAAUGUUGUUUUCAAGUAAGCUGAUUCUGAUAUUUAUCCUGUUUCUUAAAUUCUUGUACGUUAUGACAAAUAAGACAGAUGCGAAUACCCCUUCUAGUUUCCCCUUCCGAUGAUGAUUAGGCAUUGGCAUUUCCUAACUGCUAGAAUCUUUUCCGACAACCACUCAAAAAAAGUGGUAUCUUUUCUAUU